AUGGCCUCCAGCUUCGUACAGGGAACGUCCCUCGACACGCGGGUGGAGGAUUAUCUAAAUGACAAGCUCCAGUCAACGACGGACCUGGAAUCCCUCGACGAGCUCCUCGCCAAUGUAGAGCUGCAACGAAACCAACUGCAGACCCAGCUUGACGAUGCCGUCCGCCAGCUCGACGAGGCACGACGCACAGCGGGCGACCGCCAGGGCGCGAUACAAUCCCAGAUCGAAGAGUUUCAGCAGCUGCAGGAGAGCAUAGACAGACGUGGCGCUAUUACUGCCGCGUCCGAUGCCCCGGACCAGGCCAUUGCCCGGCUGCAGCGGCCCAUGGAGAAGUUGCGCGCGGUGGACCUGGCGCAGAAAUACCUGAGCCUCGUACAAGAGGUCGAGAAUUUACGGAGCGAGGCGCGAUCGCAUCUUCCGGAGAGCCCGAAGGCGGCUCUCGAGCCUUACACCAAGCUGAAGCAGCUAGCGACAAGACUGAAGGAGCUCCAAGGCGACGAGGCGCUGCAUCUGGUCGAUUAUGUGGAGGGCGUGACGGAUCGCCUUUGGAAGGAAAUGAAGGCCAUCAUGUCGGAAGAGUUUGAGACCGUUCUCCGCGCGAGGAAAUGGCCCAAGGUCGACCCCAAGUCCCAAAUGGACGAUGAAUGGAUUGCCUCUUUCGAGAAGCUCAUUGAUCUACAAAUGCCCGAGGUGCUCUAUAGCACCCAGUCAGUUUCGCUUCUGCCUCUGGAUGUCAUGGCAAAGAUCUUCAUUGCCGAGUUCCGCUUCCACUUUCUCGGCGACAAGCCUACAAGCGAUGCCCAGGCCGUCGGGACGCACUGCUUUCCGUGGGUGACGAUGACAUUGGAGAAGUGGGAAGAAUUUUUGCGCGAUAACCUUGGUCAUCUCCUGGUAGCCAAGUUCAGAGAGACGGACGCGGAGAACAACCUACUCUACGUCGAUCCCGUCUGCGCAUUCAUCACAUCCUUGCUGCCCGUCAUUCGCGAGAAGGUCUACGACAUUGCCAACAAGGCCAUCAGCAAUGCCUCGUUCUUCAGCAAUUUUAUCUCGCAGGUGUCGAGCUUUGAUGAGAAUCUGCGCACCAGGUUCAACUACGAUGGCGGCGAUGACGUGCGCGGCUGGCAGGGCUUGACGACCGAGAUUCUGGACGAGCACUUUGACUCGUGGUUCAAGGCGGAGCGAAACUUUGCCAUGAAGCGCUUCAACGAUAUCCUGGAGUCAGCAAACGACCGAAAAAUUGACUACGACUAUGCUGCCGACGGGCGUAUGAAGCCUACGUUUGCGGCCGUGCGUGUCACGGACCUUUUGCGCUCUGUCACGAGCCAGUACAGCCGGCUACGCAAGGUGCGCCACAAGAUCCAGUUCCUCAUCAAUAUCCAGAUUGAUAUACUCGAAGAGUACGAUGCCGUCUUGCGCGAUUCACUUGAGGCAUACCUAUCAAUCACUUCCACCUUUGGGCGGACACUGCAUGGCGCUUCGAAGGAGCAGCUUGCCGCGUUGGAGGGCACGGGCGGCUUGGAGCGUCUGUGCAAGGUAUUGGGCAGCGCUGACCAUAUUGCCAACACUCUGAAGGACUGGAGCAGCGAAGAGUUCUUCUUGGAGCUGUGGGAGCGGCUGCAGGGCGGACCUCAGCCGGGUGGCCAGAACAAGGCUGGCAGCAUGACCUUUGACGAGGUAAAAGACAGGACAUCGAGUGCCAUGGGCAUGUCCGAAGACGGUGCGCUCUUUGACGAAAUGAUUGUAGCAUACAGCCUGCGCAGGAAGACGGCCCACGAAUUCAUUGUCUCCACGCUCAACACCGCCCAUACAAAGGCCUUCCGCACCUAUGGCCAGCGCGCCUCGUUUACCACAAUCGGCGAAUCGUCGGUAGUGGAGGACCCGGCGUCGCUGAAUGUCUCUCCCGAACUUGACGAGCCUUUGCAUAUCUUGACGCGCAAUCUAGCCUUUUUGGCCAAGCCGCUGUCUACAGCAUCCUUCCGUCGCGUCUGGCGCGAGGCCCUCGGCAAGCUGCAAGACCAGCUCCUGAAUGACAUAUUGCUCCGUCAGGAGUUCACCACAUAUGGCGCCGCUCAGUAUCUUCGCGACGUGGCCGAGGUGCUCGAUGUCGUGAAUCGGUUUAUCCCGGGCGGCUCUUCCGCUCUGGCAACCCUCCAGGACGGUCUCCGCUUGCUGAACCUGCCCGUGGAGGGUGGCAAAGAGAAGGCGAUCAAUCUCAAGACAGCGAGCGAUCGCGUCUUCACCGACAACGACGAGGCGCGCAAGGUGCUUGAGGAGCUUGAGCUUGGAUAA